AUGUUUAACUCGGUCAACCUGGGUAACUUCUGCUCGCCUUCGCGCAAGGAGAGAGGCGCUGACUUCGGCGAACGAGGGAGCUGCACUUCCAACCUCUAUCUGCCCAGUUGCACUUACUACGUGCCCGAGUUCUCCACCGUCUCUUCCUUCCUGCCCCAGGCCCCCUCUCGUCAGAUUUCUUAUCCCUACUCAGCCCAAGUGCCCCCGGUCCGGGAGGUCUCCUACGGCCUGGAGCCGUCCGGGAAGUGGCACCAUCGGAACAGCUACUCGUCUUGUUAUGCAGCGGCCGACGAGCUUAUGCACCGGGAGUGCCUGCCUCCUUCCACAGUCACUGAGAUCCUCAUGAAAAAUGAAGGUUCUUACGGCGGCCACCACCACCCCAGCGCCCCGCACGCGGCCCCCGCCGGCUUCUACUCCUCAGUUAACAAGAACAGCGUCUUGCCCCAAGCCUUCGACCGCUUCUUCGACAACGCCUACUGCGGUGGCGGCGACGCGCCCGCCGAGCCCCCCUGCUCCGGCAAGGGCGAGGCCAAGGGGGAGCCUGAGGCGCCCCCCGCCUCGGGACUUGCGUCCCGGGCAGAGGCCAGUGCUGAGGCCGAGGCCGAGGAGGAGAACACGAAUCCCAGCUCGUCCGGUUCGUCCCACUCGGCGACCAAGGAGCCGGCUAAGGGAGCCGCCCCCAACGCCCCCCGCACCCGCAAGAAGCGCUGCCCUUAUUCGAAAUUCCAGAUCCGGGAACUGGAGCGAGAGUUUUUCUUCAACGUGUACAUCAACAAAGAGAAGCGGCUGCAGCUGUCCCGGAUGCUGAACCUGACAGACCGACAAGUGAAAAUUUGGUUUCAGAACAGAAGAAUGAAAGAAAAAAAACUGAGCAGAGACCGGCUGCAGUAUUUUUCAGGAAAUCCACUGCUGUAA